AAUUGCAGGCCUUGAUUAAUACACUCACGUAGCCGUUUGGUGAGACGUCAAAGUCAAUAAGUAAAAAAUUUCGUAGGCAGUUUUUUGUUCUCCUUUUUCCCCGCUCUCUCCUUAACCGGAGCCAUAACAAAAUACAAUCGGGCGGAUCAGACAGACGACGACAUCGAAAUCGGAACGUGGCUACAACAACCAGCCAUGUUCAUUCAACUGGCCAUCCUGACCGUCCUGCUGUGGAUCUCCUUCUUCUGGCUGCAGUGUCGCUACCUGGAGGUCCUCGAGCUGCUCUUCGCCUGGAUCGCCGACCAGUUGGCCAUCACCCGCAGGCGCCGGGCCCGCGAGGAGCGUCAUCGUUUGGGCCAGAAGAACUCGGACACGGACUCCGAUUCGGAUUCCGAUGAGUUGGAUUCCUCCACCGAGAAGCGAAAUCAGGGAGGCAAGGGUGACGGCGUGGACUUGCUACUGUCGCCGCCCAUCAAGAAUCGCCUGAAUAUCCGGGUGGAGCAGUGCUGCGAUCUGAUAGCCGCUGGAUUGGGUUUGGUCCUGGAGGACGAGGUGACCCAGCGCUUUGUGGCCGCUCCCUCGCCGUCGGGGGAAUGGAAUCUGCUGACCCGCAAUCUCCGCCAGCGGAAGCGCUACCUCAACUGGCGCCUCCGCCUCGUCUGGCUGCUGGGCUGGCUGACCCGGUAUGGUCUCCUCUUGCCCCUAAGGACCAUUGCCUGCUGGCUGUGCCUGUUCCUGAUCAGCGGAAUGAGUGUCCUGCUGGGUCACCUGCCCAACGAGUGGCAGUGCAAGCAGCUGCUGGUGGAGCUCGUGCUGCGUCAGUGCUUUCGCAUCACCGCCGGCUGCCUGCCGAUGGUCCGGAGAUUCCACAACACGGAGCACCGACCCACCAAGGGGAUCUGUGUGUGCAACCACACGAGUCCCCUGGACGUCCUGGUGCUGAUGUGCGAUGCCAACUACUCGCUGACCGGUCAGGUGCACACGGGCAUCCUGGGGGUGCUGCAGAGGGCCCUCUCGCGGGUCUCCCACCACAUGUGGUUCGAUCGCCAGGAACUGGCCGACAGAGAGGCCCUGGGUCUGGUGCUCCGGAUGCACUGCUCCGCGAAGGAUCGACCGCCGGUGCUGCUAUUUCCCGAGGGCACCUGCAUCAACAACACCGCCGUCAUGCAGUUCAAGAAGGGCAGCUUCGCGGUGAGCGACAUCGUCUAUCCGGUGGCCAUUCGCUACGAUCGGCGGUUCGGGGAGGCCUUCUGGGACAGCACCCGCUACUCGAUGCUCCGCUACAUGCUGAUGGUGGUCAGUUCGUGGUGCAUCUGCUGCGACGUGUGGUACAUGCCGCCCCUCACGCGACGCAUCGACGAGUCGCCCGUGGAGUUCUCGAAUCGGGUGAAGGCCGCCAUUGCCGCCCAGGCGAACAUCGAUGAUCUGCCCUGGGACGGGAACCUCAAGCGAUGGAGUCCUGUCAGGGACUGGCAGUAGUCCAUCUACCUAUGGAACCCCUUGAUGACCUGAUGACCUAAUGACUACCUGAUCAAUCCCAAGAGAAAUUCAAAGCCAGAAACUUAGCCAUUUCAUAACGCCGUUUAGAAAAGCAUACACAAAUCGCUCCUUAGUAUAUUGUAUAAUAAUUUUAUAACGAUCUAGUACUGGAAAAACAGAAUAGUAAAUAUAUCGAUAUAUUUAAGAGGGCAACAAAAAAA